AUGGCCGAUAGAAAUGUGAAGAGGCGUAUUGGUGUUCUCCAAGAUGUGCCUAUGAAAGUGGAGUCGUUUAUUUUUCUGGCGGAUUUUGUGAUACUUGAUAGUGAGGUUGAUUUUAAGGAAAGUGAUCUCAAGUCAGUGUCACUAGUGAACCAUAUUGUGGAGCGAGGUUCUGAGGUGUCUAUUGAAGAGAGGUGGGGUGUUGAUGCACUUGCAGCGAUCUCCAUUGCUCCAGAAGACAAAGAGAAGACCACCUUCACUUACCCAUAUGGGACUUUUGCCUUCAAACGGAUACCAUUUGGGUUGUGUAAUGCUUCAUCGACCUUUCGGCGUUGCAUGAUGUGGAUAUUUUCAGAUAUGGUGCAAAACACUAUUGAGGUACUUAUGGAUGAUUUCUCUAUGGUUGGUGACUCAUUUGAUGGUUGUAUGAUGUAUUUGCCGAGGUACUAA